AUGAGUUUCUUGCCACAUUCACAUCCAAAUAUUGUACAUAUGUAUAAAGCUUUCACCGAUCGAAUGCCAAUUCUGGAGGAUGCUUAUCGUUUGUAUCCAGAAGCUCUGCCUACCAAUGAUUUCUUUGAAUUAGUCGUCGAUGAACCGAAAACACUAUUUAUUGUAAUGAAAAGGUACCGAAUGACGUUACGUGAAUAUGUACUUACAUGUAAAAGAAAUUUCUGGAUUGGAAGAGUGAUGUUUGGGCAACUUUUGGAAGCGAUAGUGUAUUUACACGAUCGACGAAUAAGUCAUCGUGAUAUUAAAUCAGAUAAUAUUUUACUGGAUUUUGAUACUGAAGAGGAUGUUCCGCAUUUAGUUUUAAGUGAUUUUGGAUGUGCAUUAGCGACUGGAACAUGGAAAGUACGUUAUCACAGCGAUACAGUUGAUUUGGGUGGAAAUUUAGCACUAAGAGCGCCUGAGGUACGUUGCGCUCGACCCGAUCCCAACCAGUGGGUGGAUUUCCGAAUGGCCGAUUUAUGGGCAGCGGCCACUAUCGGGUAUGAAAUAUUUACGAGAAUUAAUCCGUUCUAUAGUCGAAUGCGAAGUGAUCAGUAUGCCGAAUUUGAACUGCCCUCAUUACCAAAGAAAGUGCAUUACGCAAGGCCAAAUCCACAUGUUGCGGCAAAUGUUCUCAGCAUAUCACUGUUCCGUUUUGGUGAUGAUUUGCGCAAGUUCUUCUACAGCUCGGGCUUCGAUGAAACGCUUUUUGGCAAACCAAUUAUUGAUUUGACUCGUGCUACAAGCAGAACCUUAAAAAUGCUCGGGCAAAAGAUGAUUGCUGCUCUCAAUGGUUUUACAAUGUUGUUUGCAGCAGAAACCAUAUUGGCUCGGAAUAUCCAUCCAAGAACGAUAAGCGCUGCGGAAUUACAAGUAAUACCCAAAGCUUGCAUUGUAGAUUUGGCACUGAACUAUUUCUAUCCGGAUGACGAGGAGCCACCGCCGAGCAAAAUCCGUCGUUCCGAUAAAAUUACGAGCACAAUGCUUGCACCAAAUGAUUUCCCAUCGUCCGUUAACACUCUUAUCACCACCAGCAACCUUAUCAUUUGUUAA